AUGUUAAUCCCUAGAUCCUACUUGGUUACUGCGGCAGCAGGAUUACUUGCCUCUCUAGUUUCUGCUGAAGAUCUGGAAGAGAAAGUGUGGGCAGUCUUUGCCUACAACGUCUAUGGAGACAGUAUUCCAUCAGCCCUGCCUCGCCCUAAAGCCUUGACACCGUAUGGGGCUAGUGAUCUGUAUACAGCAGGAUCCGUUUUCCGGGACCGCUAUGUUGCGAUACAUGCAGACAAUAGUACUCCAAAUACGAGAGUCCAAAACCUAUCGCCUUACUUACUAGAAACCGAAGAGGUGGAUGUGCUUUCGACCACUGAUCCGUCAAUUGCUGCGUCCGCCCAGGCUUUCAUGCAAGGCCUCUAUCCACCCCUUGAGAAGUCAUUCAACGCAACUUUUUCCGAUUCUCCAUUUCAACUUGCCAAUGGUUCCUUAGCUACUGCUCCCUUGGGUGGGUAUCAGUAUCCUCAACUCAUCACUCUUAACUCAGCGGACCCUCGAUCAAUCAAAUUGGACGGCAAUACAGGCUGCCUGCUACACCAGGUUGCUAAUACUGAGUACAAGUAUAGCCCAGAUGCUCAAGAGAUUAUGCAAGAUUCAGCGGCAUUUUAUAACAAGAUCUAUCCGUUGUCCCUGUCCGGAGUAUUGGACCCUUCUUCGGCCAAUUAUGCAAAUGCCCUCUAUAUCUCCGAGUAUCUAGAGUACGAGUCCUUGCACAAUGAAACAUUACUGCACAACAUCAACCAGGAAGACAUAGACCAUGCGCGAUCCCUUGCGGACCAUUAUGUCUUCGCAACGAAUGGCAAUAUGACCUCAGCAGGAACCAACGUCAGUGACCGUAUUCGUACCAUUGCAGGGCGUACUUUGGCCUCUAGCAUUUUGGAUGCUUUUGGUAACAAUAUCGACCAUCGGGGUACUAACGGGAAAAUGACGUUCAUGUUUGGCGGCCACGAGCCUGCUGUCGCUCUGACAUCCCUUAUGCAACUGGCAUCCCCACAAUAUAAAAAUUUCUAUGGACGUCCCACGCCCGGUGCAUCGAUGGUGUUUGAGCUUUACAGUCUGGAUAAUGGAUCCAGUCCCGUAUACCCCGAUUUGUCUCAGCUAUAUAUCCGAUUCCUCUUGCGGAACGGAUCCCAUUCGCCAGAUUUUCAGUCCUACCCCCUUUUUGGGCAUGGACCCAGCAGCAUAUCUAUUCCGUAUGUGGAAUUUCAAGCCGAGAUGGAGAGGUUUUCGUUGGGAUCGACAAAAGAGUGGUGCCUUGUUUGCAACUCAGAAGCUGCGUUCUGCUCCGGCGUAUUAGAUAGUGGGCAUCAAACACAACCCACUGGUAACGAGGGUCUCCGCCCCGCGGUUGCUGGUGUUAUUGGGGCAGUCGUUACUCUUGUGAUACUCGCUCUCGUCGCAAUUGCUGGAUUCCUGGUCUGUGGUUUCCGUAUGGAUCGAACUCGGAGGUCAAGCCUCGGAGGCUUUAAAGGGAACAGCAAAAUGGCCAGUGACUCUGAUGUUACAUUCAAAAGUCCUGCGCGGGAGGAUAUCAAACCAGCAGAUAAUCAAGACAUCAACAGCAACGGUGCUGGUAUAACUGUUGUGAGAGGACAUGAGCGUACGGGUAGUUGGGAAAUGCACAGUCAACAAAGGAAGAAUACUGAUCAUUGUGGGAGUGAGCAGGCAGUAUCUCCUUUUAACGAGAUUGAAGAGGAUGAAUGGCAGAUACAUAGUACUAUACAACCAGUCACAGCUCGGGAGACUGUUUGAUGGGGUGUAAUCAGGCGAUAAAGCUCUGACUUUUGUAUUAUUCGUUUCUAACAUUUCCCCCACCCACUUUCUAUGAUAUACUUAUAUUUAAUCUCACAUUUAUGCCAGGUGAAAGAGUUUGAACAGAACGUCACUCAUUACUUUAAGCUGUAGUUUUCGUCUGAUUCUGUGAUCCAAUGUGCACUUUCCUCAUCAGGCAACAACAUCAUGGUGGACCUUCUGAAUCAAAACAACCCUGGACCUGUAUUUCUGGGGCAUGUCUUAGAACAUACAUGUUUUCACCCUUCAGCAUCUACUUCGCCAACUUGUGAAAACCAUGCUCUUCCACCCUUUCCUUCCUAAAUUGCAAUAUGAAGUAUGACAUCCAAACCUUACUGGCUUUGAGCCAAAAUGCGCGGAUAGAAAUUGGAAAGUUCAGUGACCAGGCUCUCGGCAGUAUGUAUACCUUGUUACAUUAGAAAACUGUGCACAUCCAGGACU